CCGGUAUGGUCGGUCAGCUGUGGCACCCCGGUCUUGCUUGCCUCCCGGUAUGACGAUCUGAGCAACCCGGUCUGGUCUACCCGGUCUGAAGUUGCCGUCAAAUUGAUGAUAGCAAACUGCACGACCUCAUUGUGCUUGUGACGGAAAGAUGCAAAGAUGACUUAAUUUAUGACCUCUCAGUCGACGACGCCAGUCGUUCGCCAGCAACUGCGAUCCACCGACCUCGAAGCUAUGCCGUACUAGGUCACCAGACUAGCAUUCCGUAAAGGUUCGAUCGCAUUCCCACUCGAGACGUAUAGAAUCCUGGACGGGGUGAAUCGGUCGGACCAGGCUCAGGGACUUGGCACGACUCGAAGGCACCCCACCAUGAACCGACUCAAACGCUACCUCUCGCCCGAGCGACAACGGUCUCCUCUGCGAAUACAAGUCCAACUGCACAACGACAUCAUCAUCGUACAUCCAAAAGACUCGAUCGAGGACCAUGUUGACGAAUUGGACGACAGCGAUAUUACCGUCGACGACUGCUUGUUCUCGGGCAACGUCUUUGUCACGCACGAGCCGUAUCUACACCUCGACAGCGUGAGAAUUGGGAUUGUCAUCAUUGGCAAAUACGAACUCCCACAAGAGAAUGCCGGCGGCAGAGCGGUUCCACAAGACGGAAUCGUCUAUUCUCAGUACCAAACCUACCUGGAGAGCGAGAUGGAGACGACCUUGAGCGAUGGACACGCGCACAUUAGAUGCAAGAUCGCCUUUGACAUGCUCUUACCGUCGAGCUUGGCAACCUGGGAAGCGUUGCCCGGCGUAGAAAUCUUGCCACAGAUCAGGGUCGAGGCAGAGUAUUCGUACAACUCGUUGUCGACCACGGUCAUCACUCCACCGCUAUCCUCGCAAGAACGCGAACGAGGAGGGAAGGAUGCGAGUCUGCCGGAGGAGGGGUUGGCCCAUAUACCAGACCUCGUGAUGAAGAAAUGGACGGGUACCGGGAACGUCGAACAUCCGAGGUACCACGACACCCGGGAGACGAAACCGCGAGACGAGACCUGCGCAUCGCUGAUCCGACGAGGCUGCAAGACGUUGGUCGAGAAUUUUCCUAUCAACGCUGUUCCCAAGGGAUUUAUGGGUAGGCCGACGUUACGGCUAGAGAAAACGGGACGGACCGCCGGCUCGGGAGGGUUUGGCUGGAGGGUGGACUAUCGUAGCGAGAUGUUCUCGGUCGGGGGCUAUAUGCGAAUAGACGUAGAACUCCAAGAUCUACCACCGACAUGCACGAUCUAUACGAUACGUACGCUGCUCGUGCAAAAAUGUUCGGCCAUAUCACUCGAAGCUUUCUUCAAACACGGCGAUCACUCGACCCAGGCGGUCGAGAUGCCAACCAUCAAACGACUCGUAGCGGAUGAGGGAACAAUACCGAAACGAGCAAAUCCAGCUGUCGAUGUUCCAGCUCUGUGGAGGGUGGAUCAAGGCAGCUCGACGACGUAUCGGUGGCAGUCGGGUCGACAGAGACUACCAGACGAUUCGGUAAUGCGGCCAACAACAUGCUUGGGAACCCACACGCCCGUUAGGUUUCGGCACGAGCUAAUCACACAGAUCUACUUUUCCGUCGCCGGUGAGGAUAUCAAUGGCGAACCGAUUAUGGGGUCUGACAAGACGGGAGCACUGCGGAUGCUCAUCAUACCAGCGGCCAUCAAGCUACCAUCGUGCAUCUGUCUCGCCGACAGGAUGGACCUACCUGGAUACGUACCAGAUGUACCGGGACAGACAUUGGCUACGCGGGCGGCGAUCUGCGCUUGCUGCUAUGCACUAGAGGAUCUGCCGGACUCGGACGAUAUAGAAAAUGAGUCGCAAAUCCCCGUCAACUUGCAAGGCAAGGCGUAGCAGAAGAAUAACUUCAAUCAAGAAAUCCUACCGCGCGAAAAGCCGCGAAAGAGAACGUUGUAUGCGCAGUCGGAAUCGAAUAGAUCACUAGAAAUGCAUGAUCGGGAGCGUGAUGUCGCCAUCGUUGAUAGUUCGAGGUCAUCCGUCGGACAACGAUACUGUUAGGGCGGCCCGGACGCGGAUCGUAUUUGUCUGGGG